GGAAGGAAAGAAGAAGCGACGACCGGAAAUACAUCUGCGGUUCGCAGGCUAAUCUUUUAUUUCACCCUCACUCUACCACCCACACGAUCGCACGACUGGCACCGGUUGGCACAGAAGCGAUAGCCGGAAGUAGGUCGACGUUCGCAUACUUUGCAGUCAACAGCGCGAGAUGGCGACCGAUUGAAUAUUUACUAUUAGUCGAAUCUUCAAGGAAUUGCUAGGAGCCGAAAGACCUAAAGACCUCUGAUCGAACGGUAAGUGAAAGCGGCGAAAUUUUCGCACACAACGCUGGCGACACAAUGUAAAGACUGUGAACACGUCGACCGACAGUCUUCACAAACACCCGAUGGAGUGCAUUUCAAGUCUUUCGAAUUGGCCAAAAUUUGGCUGGGCAAUAUACAACAACAGACUUUUGUUUAAUUCGCUAACUUGUCUCUCACCAAUAACGACACUUACUUUCGAUUUUCCAAAAAAACAGCUGCGACUUUGAGCUGGUCGAUAAAAGCGGAAGUUUCAUUGAAAGUGCAACAACCUCAAAUUACAAUGCGGAAGUCACUUUUACUUUAUCAACUCACUGAUAAACUUCACUAUCCGAUGGAUUAUAGCUUUAAAUUUUCUUCUCUUGUCAUUAAAUCGCAUCAAGAAAAGUACGUGACAAAGGCUUUUAUUUGGUGCGUGCAGUAUUCAUUCGUCAUCACGUUUGACAGCGCUUUUAAUUUUAAAGACAUAUAUGUUUGGUUAAUAAAUAUUCAAAAUUCCAGGGCCAACAGUAUGGCUGGCUACACCACCGACAACAGCCUUCUGAACUAAGGUGUGUAGCAGGCAGAAACAAGACAAGAUCAGAACGAGCGGCAACCUCGUUCUCAGUGUAACUCCUACUCGUCCCUCGUCUCGCUCCCGAGGGACGAGUACGAGUGGGAAAGAAGAUGACGAUACCGCUUGUCUUCUUUAGUGGCAACGCGUGGUUAUUAGUGAGUGUCUGCUCGCUUUUUGGCUGGUGGAUUUCGAUCGUUUUGUUGGCGAGACCGUGUACAUUUCGUUCGGAUCACGUGAUCCCAGGGCCUCAAGCAGUUCUGUCAUACCACAGGUUACCCACAAAAUCUGUGUGUGUAGGCGAUAUUAUUUUACAGUAAAUGUCCUGGAUUUACCGUUUGCCUCACCCAUAGCGAUAUAUUGCUAAAUAUGUACACCUACUUCAGUAAAGGUUACUUUGGGAAUCAUGCUUUGGUCUUUGAAAGCCAUUGUUUAGUGGUCACCUAAGCAAAGCUUUACAUUGUAUUCUGUGUUUCAAUGAACAAAUCCCCAAGCAAACUUUAUUGAAAUAGGUGUAUAUCAAAUCAAUGUUAAAUAAACGUUGAAUUACCUUACCUGUGUAUAUACUUUUUGAGCGAUUUUGAGGGAGUUUGAGUUUGCUUGAGUGACCACCAAACAAUGGCUUUCAAAGACCAAAGCAUGAUUCCUAAAGCAACCUUUAUUGAAGUCUGUGUACAUACUUAGCGAUAUAUCGCUAUUGGUGAGGCAAACGGUAAAUCGAGCACAUUUACUGUAAAAUAACAUCGGUUACACAGACACAGAUUGUAUGGGCGCCCUGUGAUCAUACCCCGCCUUGCGGACACCUCGUUAAUAAGGACACUUUCUAUGGCCCCCUCAGUGUCCGUAUUAACUGGGUUUGAUGGUACUGUUGCAAGUUACCGUCGCUGACCAGGAGCCCAUAACCCGGAGUGAGCAACUUCCCUGCGCUCGUGUCACGGCGUUUUCACGGACCAGUUUAUUUUUAGAACGUUUUUAGCUCGAAGUUUGAAUAUCUUUUAAAUUCCACAAACCAGUCAGCAAAACUUACUGACCUAAAAAUGAUAUUUUUUGCCUUUUAAAAACGUUUAGUUUUCCUUUGUGAUAUCUUGUACUUCGAAUGCGCUCAUAAACAUAGUGGAGAUUCUAUUUUCGCGGGAAAAAGUGCCUUAAAAUGUUGCUCGCUCCGGGUUAUAGGCUCCUGCGCUGACGUAAUACAAGGACCUUUACCUUUUCUUUUUAAGGGUUGCUUAAUGAGUUUUGGAUAUGAGGGGUCAUAUCAUGACUCCAAUUUUCCUUUCUCCGAUUCUUGAAUACAUUUUUUGCGACCUUUUAAAAGUAGCUGAACAAAUUAACAACUCAUCCUAACGCUUUUAUGGGUUUGUUCCCACAGGGUUGACCAACACUUGUAGAUGGAAGGCAAACAAACUGUUCAUUUCUGCAAAACUUAUGCCAGGCCCAACUGGCCGUACGAAGAUUGGACGUGCAUAGAGAGGGAAGUUGAUGUGGAGGACGACAGGCUCUCUGGUACAAAAUUUGAUGAGCCAAUGCCUGUGUCGGACAUUUCGACCCUCACUUCUGAUGAUCUUGCAGCUCGUGAUAGUACAACGUGCGCAGCAGAAAUAAACGUGUUACAGAAAACAGAAUCUGUAGAUAAAAAUGACCAAGACACCCAAGAUACUUCAACCGAAGCUCUAGAAAGCUAUGAGCCUGAUCACUGGUCAUAUGAUCUCUCUGAACCCCUUGACGACGACUUACCACUUUGUCAACUACUUCGGUUCAUGGAGCCAGAGUUAAAUUACAGUGGAGCCCAGAGUAAAAAGAUAUUUGAGGAGAUAAACGAGAUGAUGAGAAAGACGAUUGAAAAGUUAGAAUCUUGCUAUCUUGUUUUCGAAAAGUGCUCCCUUAUUCCAGUGGGUAGCGUCAACGAAAAUACGAAAAUUGGCAGGGCAGAUGAAUUUGACUAUGCCGUUGUUCUUCCAUACUUCGAAAGCUUCGAGAAACUUUUCCCAAUAAUUUUCAAGAAAGACGAGUCCCUGUUGUAUGACGACCCGGCUUAUGUUGCCCUCGUAGAUGAUAUUGCCUGGGGUGGUGAUACUAAGCACAUCAAAGAAAACUUUCAGGCAGCAAUGAAGCAAGUCUGGUCCCUUUACAUGGAGGAUUUUCUCCCCGAAGGCUGGAAACUAUCCGAAUCAACCUGCCAUGGAGACGAACAAAGCAUCGCGAGGACAGUCCAUCUUGUUCGUUCAUCGGAUGGAUUUAUUGUCAACAUCGACAUCUGCUUUUGGAUACCUAUUCACAAAUCAGUCCUUGAAGAGAAGGGCUUUGACGUUGAGCAAAGGGACUUUCUCUUGAAAAAUUGCCUUGACGGAGAGAUGAAGUUAUUCGCCUUGCUGCCUAAGGACCGUGGCAUAGAGUAUGCUUUGAACUCGCCGCGCUUUGCUAUGUCACUAAAGGAAAGGGAAGAGUUAAACAAGUAUGGACCGCUGAAUGGACGCAUCCAGUGCUACAAGUUUGCCAAAUGCAUUGCAAAGUUUUUUGUUCCUUACAUUCAGAAAAAAGAGAACUGCUCUUUUUGUUUAGACGGCCUUGUCUCUUCGUUUGCUCUUAAAAACAUAGUUCUCUACAUGGCAAAUAAUUACCCAGAUGAUAAGAUGUGGGCUGAAGAUCAACUUGGAAACAGAGUUUCUGAAGUGUUUGCCAUUCUCAAUUUCUGUAUUAAAGUUAAUUGCAGUCAAGUAUCGGCCUUUUUAACACCCUACUCUAUACCACUGCGCACGCAUUCAACCAAAUAUGAUUCUGGAAAAGGCGUGCUUAUAGAGAAGGGUGCUGACGGGCUUUACUAUGAGGAAGAUCACUGUCUCCUUCCAGAAGUAGAGAGAUUUGAGUCGUUAUUCACAAAAGACCUAAUUUCCAAGAAGAUUUUGCAGAAUUACUUCAGUUUUCUUCACGAAUAUAACUGGUGUGUACCCGAGGUAUUUGAUCGCUUGACCGAGAUGUUGACGGGUUUGACCGAGAAAGAUGAUGAGGAAAGGAGAGAAUAUGCAGAGAAUCCUGGUUGUCUGUGUUUCCAAACGUUUACAGCCGAAGACUUUGCACAAUAA